GGCCGGCACGAGGCGGGCCCGUUAGCCGCCGGCUGCUCUGGGCGGGCCGGGCGGCCGGAGAGGAGGCGCCGCCGAACACCAUGAUUCCUCUGGAGAAGCCGGGCAGCGGGGGCUCCCCCUCGGCCGCCGCCUCGGGCUCGGGCCCGGGCGGCCGGGGUCAGAGCGCGGCGCGCGGGGCCCGCGGGCUGCUGACGGAGAUCCGCGCUGCCAUUCGCACCGAGCCCUUCCAGGACUGCUACAGCCUGAGUCCAGGCCGGGAGCUGGGCAGGGGGAAAUUUGCAGUGGUGAGGAAAUGCAUAAAGAAAGAUUCUGGAAAGGAAUUUGCAGCUAAGUUCAUGAGAAAAAGAAGAAAAGGCCAAGAUUGUCGGAUGGAAAUAAUUCAUGAAAUUGCUGUCCUUGAAUUAGCGCAGGAUAAUCCUUGGGUCAUUAAUUUACAUGAAGUUUAUGAGACUUCAUCAGAAAUGAUCUUAGUUCUGGAAUAUGCUGCGGGAGGCGAAAUCUUUGACCAGUGUGUUGCAGAUAGAGAUGAUGCUUUUAAUGAAAAAGAUGUGCAGAGACUCAUGAGGCAGAUUUUAGAAGGUGUCUACUUUCUGCACACUCAUGAUGUGGUUCAUCUUGAUUUGAAGCCACAGAAUAUUCUGUUGACAAGCGAAUCUCCACUGGGUGACAUCAAGAUAGUUGAUUUUGGACUUUCAAGAAUAGUGAAGAACAGUGAAGAGCUCCGAGAAAUUAUGGGCACUCCUGAAUAUGUGGCUCCUGAAAUUCUUAGUUAUGAUCCUAUCAGCAUGGCAACAGAUAUGUGGAGCAUUGGAGUGUUAACAUACGUCAUGCUUACAGGAAUAUCACCUUUCUUAGGUGAUAAUAAACAAGAAACAUUCCUGAACAUUUCACAGAUGAAUUUAAGUUACUCUGAGGAAGAAUUUGAUACUGUGUCUGAGUCAGCUGUCGACUUCAUUAAGAAACUUUUAGUUAAGAAACCUGAAGAUCGAGCCACCGCUGAACAAUGUCUCAAACAUCCAUGGCUGACACAGAGCAGUAUUCAAGAUCCUGUUUUAAGAGUCAAAGAGGCCUUAGAAGAAGCACAUGCCCUCCAUAAAGGUGAUUCUGUGCCUGAAAUUAGUUCAGCUACUGAAAAACCAGGAACCGAAGAAUCAAUUGUAACUGAAGAGUUAAUUGUAGUUACUUCAUAUACUUUAGGACAAUGCAGACAGUCUGAAAAAGAGAAAAUGGAGCAAAAGGCCAUUUCCAAGCGAUUUAAAUUUGAGGAACCUUUGCUACAAGAAAUUCCAGGAGAAUUUAUCUACUGAGCAGUGUUUCCCUUUAGAACUUGAUUUCUACAUUGAAAAUGUUGAUAUUAUUUAUGGACCUUUGGCCAGAUGGUAACUGAAAAUGGAUAACCAGACAUCACCAUAGAAAAAAAUAACUUUAUCAAACUUGUGGAUUUAAGUGAAUCAAGCCACAUUUAUAAAUUUGCCAACCAGGAGGUUUAACAGGUAAAGUUAACUGUUUCAGUGUUAUUAAGAAGGGAGAUAUUUGCACCUUUAAAACUACAUCCUUUUUCUCCAGAAUGAGAAUUUGCGUUUAACAGUAUUUGUAUUCAGUUUCUUUAAAAAUCCAAGUAAAAGUGCCAAAAUUA